UCGACAGCGGGAAGGAACCUAUAUUAAUUUCCUCUCAUCGUUUCAUUUCUCCCUCCAUUUUUCCCAUUUCCCAAUUCCCAAAUUCCAAUUCAUAAACUCAUCAGUUACAAAACUCAGUUGGGUCCAAACAUGGAGAUUCGCUUAGCAUCGAUCACUCUCAUUAUGGCGUUUCUGUUCCUUUUCCUGUGUUCUUUAGAAGCCAAAACGAUGGACCCCUAUAAGGUUCUUGGAGUUGAGCGGAAUGCGAGUCAGCGGGAAAUUCAGAAAGCUUUCCACAAGCUCUCUCUUCAGUAUCACCCAGAUAAGAAUAAGAAAAAAGGCGCACAACAGAAGUUUGAAGAAAUCAAUAACGCCUAUGAAAUUUUAUCAGAUGAAGAGAAGAGAAAAAAUUUUGACAUGUAUGGCAAUGAAAAAGGUAGCCCUGGAUUUGGCCCUGGCUCUUCAGAGGAUCAAGGUGGUGGAUAUACAUUCUUUACGAACGGAGCAGGAAGACAAGGUCAGCAGCCCUUUGGGCCAGGCCAAUGGCAGAGUACCGGUGGACAGGGAGGUUCACAGUCUUUCUCAUUUUCCUUUGGUGGGCCUAGUGGUUCAAAUCCCUUCGGGUUUGGCAUGGAGGAUAUAUUCUCCAACUUUUUUGGUGGUGGCUUCAAGGAUGAGGGUAAUUUUGGUAGUUUUGGCAGCCACUCUAAGGCUCAAUCUGGUUCUAGAACUUCCUCAAGCAUCAAGGUCAUUAAUAAGCAAGUGUUUAAGAAAGAAAUUGUGGACCAGGGAAUGACUUGGCUUUUGUUUCCAACCACAUCAUCUUUGAAGGGGGUGGAUCAUGUUCAAUCAAUCAUAGAGGAAGUUGCCAGUUCGUUACAGGGAGCUUUAAAGGUUGGAAGAAUAGAUUGUGACUCAGAAUCCUCUCUCUGCAAAGACCUCGGCAUUUAUCCUCAUCGAACUCCAAGGAUAUUUGUAUAUUCAUACAUAAAAAGCACCGAGGGUUCUUUGGUAGAGUACAGUGGGGACGUUGCUGUGAAGAAUUUGAGAAGUUUUUGUCAAGAGCAUUUUCCAAGGUUCUCGCAACGGGUCAAUUUGAAGCAGUUUGAUUUUUCUUCCAGCGAUGGAGGAAGACUACCCACUUUAAUGCUUUUGUCAACCAAAAAGGAUACACCAGUUAUCUGGCGUGUCCUUAGCGGGUUGUUUCGCAAGCAGUUCAGUUUCUAUGACACAGAGGUCACGGAUGUUUCAGAUCCUUCUGUAAAGAAGUUGGGAGUUGACGCACUUCCUGCUAUUGUGGGUUGGCUAUCAAAUGGGGAGAGGCACGUUCUUAGAACAGGGAUUAAUGUGAAGGAUUUGAAGUCUGCCAUUGAUGAUCUCAGUAAUUUGCUUAAUGGUUUUGAGAAAAAGAACAGGAAGGCAGUGUCAAGGCCAGCUUCCAAAACACAAUCUGAUUCUGCAGAGAAUCAGAUCCCUCUAUUGACAGGGUCCAACUUUGAUUCUGUCUGUGGGGAGAAGACUCCUGUUUGUGUUAUCGGUGCCUUCAGAUCUUCUAAAGCAAGGAACAAAUUGGAAUUGAUCCUAAAUAUGGUGUCUCAAAAGACAUUGUCAAGACGGCAGAACUCUACGCCUGGCUCAAAGGAAACCAUAUCCUAUGCUCUUGUAGAUGCAUCAAAGCAACCAUCAUUUCUAAAUGCAUUUGACGGUGCAGGAUUCAAGUCAUCUGAUAAAAUAUUGAUCGCUUACAAACGUCGAAAAGGGAAAUUUGCAGCACAUUUAGGUGAAAUAACAGAAGAAGAAGUCGAAAAAUUUAUUGGGUCAGUACUUAAUGGGGAUGUUACAUUUACCAAGACCCGCCAGAAACCUAUCUUGAAGUGAAAGGUCUGCCAUUGACAAACACAAACUGUAUUUUUGAGGUCUUAUGUACAUUUUGAGUAGAUAGAAUAAAGUUUAAAAGAAAAAGAAAAAAUUACAUAGCGAAGAGAUGAAAAUAUAAUCUAAAAACUCUUCCCCAUUGAGGUGCUUGCGUUAUAAGGAAAUGUUUGCCACCUGCAUUUUGUGGGGCCCAGAUCAUCAUAACCUCCAAGUAAUUAAUAUGGGAGGAACGGGAACUUUUAAUUUAGUUUAAUUUUAAUUUUACUUGUAUUUGUGUUCUAUUAGUUGUUUUAGAGAUCUUGCACCUUGGAGAAGGUGUGAAGUGGAAUGGGCCAAUUUGGUUUCGGCUCUGAAUGUGCUGGAGUUGGGCCAAGUCUAAUUCCAGUAGGGCCCAUGGGCCGAUAAUGUUACUACAGCUUUCAAAGCCCAAAUAAUUUUGAAAACUUCCUCGUCCUCGAGUGUUGAAAGCUAGUUUGGAUUAUGUGGUGGCGAGGAAUCAAACAGUUCCCGAACAUCUCGGAGUAGUCCACCGAGCGAGCAAAGUUCCAAACAUUUUGGAGGAUACGUCUCCAUCCAGUCAAACAAAAGUAGCUGGAGAUACUGUCGUACGGAGAAAUAUCAUCAAUUUUAUUCCUCAAAUCUUACCUUAAAACUUUAAUUUCAUAUAUUUGUGGGUAAUUAGAUUUACUUUUAUCUACUAAGCUUUUAGGUCGAUUGGGUAUUUAACUUUCUAUCAUAUUUCUUUCCCUAUGAAUAUUAACUUUUACCUGUUGAGUUUUCUUUCUAUUUUAAGUGUACAUGAAUAUUAACUUUUUACCUGUUGAGUUUUC